AUGAAACACCUGACAUCUCUCACGCAACUUUCUCUUGAUACAGCUUUGAAGCGAGACACGUUUUCAGAAGCAUUAUUGUCUAUGAUUUAUUCGUAUCAGCAUUUAGAAAAGCUUUCUCUCCUUUUGAAAAUUGAAGGCUCCAAUUUUUCAGUCAACAUACCUCCAAAAGAGCUUCCCAACUUGAAAUCAUUAAGGAUAACUUUCACAGAGGAUGUAUUUACAAGAAAAGAACAAUGCAUUUCCAAAAUGCUUAUUCCUCUUGAAGCCUUUGAGCUGUGCACCAAUAUUGAGGUGCUUAAAAUUCACAAUCAAACAUCUAAAAACGUUGUCAUUGAUUGGAACUCGCUACGACCGUUUACCAAACUCAAAAAACUAGAACUUACCUGCGACAAAAUGAUAGGUUGGGAUGUUGCAAAUCAAGUUCUCCCCCGUUUAGAAAGUUUAACACUGUACGUUUCACAAGGUAUUGACGGUUCUCUAGAAUCACUCCCAGAUACUAUUCAAUAUUUGGACAUUGAUGCGACGAUCGAGCUCGAAUCGAACAAGUUUCUGAGGCGUCUACCCGCCAUGACAGCCCUUAGCACUUUAAAAUUUUCAAUGGAAGGAGUGUCAACAAGCUUGAUAUUCCCUUGCUCGCUGGUACAGUUGCAAAUAUCACACUUGUCAUUACGGAAGGGAGAACAAACUUUUAGCAAUUUUCUUUUCUCGUUACAUCAGUUAGAAACUCUCAAAAUUCUGGACAGUGUUAUUGAGGAUCUAUAUGGCCUCCUUAAAUCCAUAUUGAUCUUGAAGCAUUCCAUAAGAAAAGUGUACAUUGAGAAGAGUGAGAGUGCGAACAUUGAUUCUGUACGAAACAGCAAGUCACAAGCAAAGUUAAACAUUGGUCAUCCUGUGCUGAAGGAGUAUGACCAAGCCAGGAUCUUUCUUACCCUUAGUGGCUUUGCAUGGAAGCAACAUUCUCUCUUGAACCAAUACUCUUGUAUUGAAUUCAUGUGA